UUAUGGAGAAUAUCAUGGGAUUUGGAAGGAAGAUAAAAAGCAUGAGAUUUCACGAGAUACAAGAUACGAGACGAGCUCCACCCCUUCUAUAUAUCCAAUAAUAAUACAUACUCACAUACAAUUUUUAAAUAAAACUUCUCGGCUUUCGCUUACCGCUUAUAGGCGACUAAUGCUUUCUCUUUUCUCCACCCCACCCCCCCCCCCCCCCCCACCUAAGCUUUUUACAUACUACUAGGUACUUAGAUUGGGCUAAGUAGGACAAGUAAGAAUCGUAGAGAAAUCACGACUUGAAUAUAAUUAAAUUAAGAGCAAUGAUUGACUGUCUGGUUCAAUGUGUACCGAAGAAUACUUCAGCAACAAAUAAAAAAGCUCGCUCACUUGGAGUUAUUGCUGAUUUUAGUACACUUAUUGAAGAAAAUUUUGGUGUAAAGAUUACUGAAUUGAAAAAAGAAGAUUAG